CCUCAGACCAGCAAGUAUAUCUUAUUGCAAAAGUCACGUAAGUGAACUGUUUCAAGGAUCAAUUAUUUCCCACUUUGCCAAAGGAGACUGCUUUCGCUUUUUCACUUCACCUCAAACAAGAUUAUCAUCUCACUUGGUUGCUUCGUCCUGUUGAUCGAGAUUAAUGCCAAGAUAUCCAUUCUUUAAGAGAUUCAAUUCUUUCCAAGAUGGGAUUAAUGGGUAUCCUCUUCAAGUUUGCAGGGGAUUGCUUUGAUGUUCUUGCAUGGCCUCUCUUCGCUAUGGGUUAUCCCUUGUGUGCUUCCAUUCAAGCAAUUGAGACUGAUUCCAUCUGGGAUACCCAGAAGCUGAUCACAUACUGGAUCUGCUUCUCUUUGAUUUUGCUGUUUGAAAAUGCUUUUUUGAUGAUACUAGAAUGCAGGUCUCUCUUCUGGCCUUGCAUUAAGCUAAUACUUGUUGGCUGCUUGGUUACAUCUCACUUUGAUGGUUCUCUUUAUGUGUAUAGACACAUCAUUCAUCCAUGUCUCUCUAUUGACCAGCAAACUGUCAUCAAUAUGUUCAACAAGCUGAAGGAGUUCUAUUAUGAGAAAUAUAAUGUUCUGGUUGCGAUGGAGAGAGAUAUAAAAGGAAAUGGACCGGAGAAUCUCAUUGCUUUGAAGGUUAGGCCAAUAAAACCCGAUCUUCUUGCAACAGAAAAGAAAACAUUUGCUUAUCCAGAAAUUAAGGAAAUGACGGCUGAAUCUGUAUCAGAUAAAGGUCUUCUUGAUGUACCACCUUCUACGAAGAUCCAGAAGGAGUGGACAUGUCCCAUAUGUCAGGUAACGACCACAAGUGAAGCAGUCUUUAUUUCCCAUCUUCAAGGAAGGAGACAUGCAGCUGCUUCUGAGAAGCUCAAAGCCAAUCAGAUGCUGCAAAACAAGAAUUCCCCUGCUUCAGUGGAAAGAAGUGCACCAAAAGAAAUGGCAGCCGCAGUGGUAGCUGACAGAGACCUUCCCAUCAAACUACCUUCUGAAAAUGUUGAGGAGUGGAACUGUCCCAUAUGUCAAGUAAAAACCUCCAGCCAGACAGUCUUUAUUUCCCAUCUUCAAGGAAUGCGACAUGAUGCCGCUUCCAAGAAGCUGAAAUACAAGAACCAGAUUUCGCAAAGCAACACUUCCGCUGCUUCAGUGGAGACAGAAGCACCUGAGAAAAUGGCAACUGCAGGAGGCGGAGACCUUCCUGACAAAUCACCUUCUAAGAGCAUCCAUGAGUGGACCUGUCCUAUAUGUCAGAUAACAACCCCUAGUGAGACGAUCUUUAUUUCCCAUCUUCAAGGAAGUCAACAUGAAGAUGCUUCUGAGAAGUUGAAGUCCAAAAACCAACAAUUGGAAAGCGGGAAUUCCCUUUCUUCUUUAGAUAUCAGUGCACCUAAAGAAAUGGCAGCUGCAACAAUAUCAGAUGUAGAUUGUCUUGACAAACAAACUUCUGUGAACUCUAAGGAGUGGACUUGUCCUCUAUGUCAGGUAACAACUGUCAACGAAACAGUCUUUAUCUCACAUCUUCAAGGAAGGCGUCAUGAGGCUGCUUUGAAGAAGCUGAAGGCAAAGAACAUGUUGCAAAGUGAGAAUUCACCUGCUUCAAUGGAAACUGGUGCACCUAAAGGAAUGGCGGCUGCAACAGUAGCAGGUGGAGAUCUUCCAGAUGAUCCACCUUCUAAGAAGGUCCAGAAGGAGUGGAAUUGUCCUAUAUGUCAAGUAACAACCACAAGUGAGACGAUCUUCAUUUCCCAUCUUCAGGAAGGGCGACAUGAGGCUGCUUCUGAGAAGCUAAAAGCCAAAAACCAGAUGUUGGAAGGCAAGAAUUCCCCUACUUCAAUGGAAACAGGUGAAUUUAAAGAAAUGGCAACUAUGACAGUAGCUGGUAGCAUUCUUCCUGAUGAACCACCUUCGAAGAAUAUCCUAAAGGAGUUGACCACAACCGCGACGGACCAUAGUUUACAUAUUCAAGGAAGGCAACAUGAGGAUGGUUGUGAGAGGCUGAAAGCAAAAGACCAGACAUCAAUGAGCAAGGUUUGCACUUCUUCAGUGGAAACAAAUGUACCUACGGAAAGAAGCGAAAUGGCAAAUGCAACAGCGGUUUCUCAAGAUAUUCCUGACAAAUCAUGUUUGAAGAAAGCUCAAAAUGAGUGGACUUGUGCUAUAUGUCUGGUAACAACUACAAGCGAGGCAGACCUUGUUUCACAUCUUCAGGGACAGCAGCAUGCAGAUGCUUAUGAGAAGCUGAAAGCUAAGGAUGAGAUGUCAAAAAGCAAGAUUGCUACUGCUUUCCUGGAACCAUGUGCACCUUUGGAGAAAAAAGAAUUGAUAACUGCAAAAAUAGAGGACGGAGAUGUUUCUAACAAACCAUGUUCCCAGAUUGUCCUAAAGCCAUGGACUUGUUCUAUAUGUCAGGUAAUAGCAGCAAGUGAGGGAGACCUUGCUUCACAUCUUCAAGGACAUCAACACAAUGUUUGUGAUGAGAAGAUGCCAAACAUGAAACAGAUGAUGAAUAACAUUGUUUCCCCUGCUUCAAUGGGAACACGUGCACCUCUGGAGAACGAAGAAAUGGGAGCUGCAAAAGUAGAUGGAGAUAUUCCUGAAAACCCACAACCAACAAACUUCCAGAAGCUAUGGACAUGUGCUUUAUGUGACAUAACAGCUUGCAGUGAGACAGCUCGUAUUUCACACUUUGAAGGAAAGCGACAUAGGCGUGCUUGUCAGAAGCUCACAGAUCAGAAACAGAAGUCGACAAACGUUGUUUCCCCUGCUUCAGUUGAGAACAAAUCUAAUGCACCGGUAGAGCAGCCAGAGAAGCAUCCAUCAGACGACAAAAACACGAGCUGCGAAACUGAGGAGCAAGGUAAGCAAGAGAACCUGAAAAACAUUGUUGAGAUUAGAAAUUCUAUUUGGUGGUGUACCAUCUGUAAUAAAUGCGGCAUAAAUGAGGGAAACAUGGACACUCAUCUUAAUGGGAAGAAGCACUUGGCUAGAAUCAAAAAACUUAAUAGUGUUUGAGGUGGUGGACAAGGCAUGCCUGAGUUGAUUCUCACCAACUCAGAAAAGCUGGCUAAAAUUUUAUUGGAUUACUUUGAUAUUUUACCAAGGAUCCUGAAUUGUAGUCUUGGGUACAUAGUAUGUAGAUAUGCUUCAGACAAAUGUUGUCAGUUGUUUCAUAUUGGUGAUAAUAAGGUAAUGUUAAGAGUUAUCCU